UUUGAAAGGCAUUUCAAGAAAAUUUUCCGGAAAUAAAUGCUUCCUAUAUAACAACAAACCGGAGUCGGGUUCGACGAUCUUGGAUAGGUUCUUCCUUCCCCUCUGCAGAGCUCUCUCUCGUUCAAAUCGUCCCAGUCCCAAAGAAUCGGAAAUCACGGCUCGGAGAUCUCUUCCCCCCUCUUUCUCUUUCUCUCUCUCACUCCCAAACCCCACGGCGCCGCAUCUCUCGAUCCCCCUACUCUAAAUCCCCCCUCUGAUUCUCCCCAUCUCCAUUUGAUCUCAGGGGCUCUGGCGAUCCCUCUCCCUUUCCGAUCAUCGGCGAUCGGCGCCGGCAAGAGGGAAUUCCCAACCUCAAGAACACAAGCAAAGAGCUCCAAUCCGAGGGGGGUUUCUCGUCUUCAUCCGAUCAAGAAAGAAGACGGGGAGGAGAAGCAGAAGAGAGAAUUCGAGGCCCUGAUCUCCUGGAUCGAUUAGGAAGCUAGGAUCUUGGUAGAUCUCUUCAGGACUCUACUGAAGAUUUUCUUGGUUUCUUUGGUUUUUGGGGGAUUUUGGGGAGAGGCGGGGAUGGGGAAGGUGGCAGUGGGAGCGGCGGUGGUGUGCGCGGCGGCGGCAUGCGCGGUGGCGGCGCUGGUGGUGCGGCAUAGGAUGCGGAGCUCCGGGCGGUGGGCGCGGGCGGUGGCGAUACUGAAGGAACUGGAGGAGAAGUGCGCCACGCCGAUCGGGAAGCUGAGGCAGGUGGCGGAUGCGAUGACGGUGGAGAUGCACGCCGGGCUCGCGUCAGAGGGUGGGAGCAAGCUCAAGAUGCUCAUCAGCUAUGUCGAUAACCUCCCCACUGGGGAUGAGACAGGAUUGUUUUACGCAUUGGACCUUGGGGGAACCAACUUCCGUGUGUUACGCGUACAAUUGGGAGGAAAGGAAGGGCAUGUUGUCAAGCAAGAGUUUGAAGAAGUUUCCAUUCCACCUAAUUUAAUGGUUGGACGCUCCAGUGAACUAUUUGACUUCAUUGCUGCAGAAUUAGCAAAGUUUGUUGCUUCAGAAGGUGAGGAAUUUCACCUUCCUGCGGGUAGGCAGCGAGAACUUGGUUUUACUUUCUCUUUCCCAGUGAAGCAAACUUCAAUCUCAUCAGGCACUCUUAUUAAGUGGACAAAGGGUUUCGCCAUUGAUGGCACGGUUGGGGAAGAUGUGGUGGCGGAGUUGACCAAGGCCAUGGAAAGGCAAGGCCUUGAUAUGCGAGUUUCAGCACUGGUAAACGACACAAUUGGGACAUUGGCAGGGGGCAGAUACUAUGAUAAUGAUGUGGUUGCUGCUGUCAUACUGGGUACUGGAACAAAUGCGGCAUAUGUAGAGCGUGCACAUGCAAUUCCUAAAUGGCAUGGCCUUUUACCAAAAUCAGGAGAGAUGGUUAUCAACAUGGAAUGGGGAAAUUUCAGGUCGUCUCAUCUUCCUCUUACAGAAUAUGAUCAAGCAUUAGAUCUUGAAAGUCUGAAUCCUGGUGAACAGAUCUUUGAGAAGUUAAUCUCGGGAAUGUACUUGGGAGAACUUGUGCGAAGAGUCCUGUUGAAGAUGGCCGAAGAAGCAGCCUUGUUUGGAGACAGCGUUCCACCAAAACUUGAAAUUCAAUUUAUACUACGGACUCCGGACAUGUCAGCCAUGCAUCAUGACACAUCAUCCGAUCUCAGGGUUGUUGGGACCAAACUAAAAGAAAUAUUAGGGAUAUCUAAUACCUCCUUGAAAACUAGAAAACUAGUUGUUGAGGUCUGUGACAUCAUCGCUAAACGUGGGGCACGUCUGGCUGCUGCUGGAAUACUGGGUGUCUUGAAGAAGCAGGGGCGGGACAGUGCAGCAAGGGAUGGAGGUGAGAUGCAGAGGACAGUGAUUGCUAUGGAUGGUGGGCUUUACGAGCAUUACACUAUAUUUAGCAAUUGCUUGGAAACUACACUUAAAGAGAUGAUCGGCGAAGAGGCCGCAGCUUCUAUUGUCAUCAAGCUUGCCACCGACGGCUCAGGCAUUGGAGCAGCACUUCUCGCUGCAUCCCACUCUCAGUAUCUUGAGCUUGAAGAAUCCUGAAGUGUCUUGUUACAAACCUAGGGGUCCUAUUUCUUUCUGUACCCCCUCAUUCCUCAACACCCUUCCUCUAUUUUCUAUGUAGGAAUGCUUAAUUUAACACCCUUGCGGCAGCAUAUAGAUAUUGCAGCGUUGAGCGAAGCAGGAGAAAUCAUGCAGGUGCAUAAAUGCAGGGUCUGGCAGUGGGUGUGGAUGAUGCUGCUCCAGGCCUGCCGUUCUUUCUUCUCUUUCCUGUAAAGUGGCCAAACAGGCAACCUUUCUUUAUCUAUUUUUCAGUUUUUCUCCGCUUUUCUUUUUGGGGGUCUCUCCUGACGAUCUAACAAUAAAAGAGGGGAAUUCAUGAAGUCUUA